GUAGAUACAAUACAAAAGGGCCCAUAAAUUGUUUACUGUACAUGAAAUGAAAUGAAAUGAUCUCCAUCUUUCUCCGAUUCCAAAUCCAAUUCAUACAUGGACAACGUCGACAAUUCCUCCGCCGCCGCGAAUCAGCCGCCGCCGCCGCCGCGGCAGCUCAGCCGGUACGAGUCUCAGAAGCGUCGCGACUGGAACACCUUCGGACAGUACCUGAAGAAUCAGCGGCCGCCGGUGCCACUUCCCCACUGCAAUUCCGGCCACGUCCUCGAAUUCCUCCGCUAUUUGGACCAGUUCGGGAAGACUAAGGUUCACUUACAUAGCUGCGUCUUCUUCGGGCAGCCCGAUCCUCCGGCGCCGUGCACCUGCCCGUUGCGCCAGGCCUGGGGCAGCCUCGACGCCCUCAUCGGACGCCUCAGAGCCGCCUUCGAGGAGCACGGCGGCUCGCCGGAGACGAACCCCUUUGGCAACGGCGCGAUCCGUCUGUUCCUCAGGGAAGUGAAGGAUUCUCAGUCUAAGGCAAGAGGAAUUGCAUUUAAGAAGAAGAAGAAGAAGAAGAAGAGAUCACUCAAUUAUCCAUACAAAAUGAAUUCAAAAAUCGAAUGAUUUCGAUAUCAGGUAGAUCGAUCAAGAACAUCGAGUAGUGAGAAAACCCUAAUUUGGAACGAGGUGAAGCACUGUAGAGGGAAAUUAAAGGGGUUCGACUUGAAAGGGAGAUCUUCUGUGUAGUGUACAGUACUGUUUGUGAAUUGACUGAGUUGGAUCAAUUCGAUUUCUCUCUCAAAUAAUGCAAAACGACACUGUUGAUAUAUAUAGUAGUAUCAGACUAAUUUCUUGUUUCCCUAAACUAAACUAAACUAAACUAAACUAUUCCUUCUUUAUAUAUAUAUAUAUAUAUAUAUCAUAUCCCACUCGUUUGUUUUUGGGUCUCUCUCUCUCUUUUUUGGGGAUUUGGGAAGAUCUCCUUGCAGCUGCACCCCCAUCCAUUCAAUGAACUAUUCACUGUAUUCAUCACAAAACUGUGUUCUCUGUGUAUGUAUAGGUAAGUAUAUAAAGAUGAAGUUUUUAUUUGAAAACAUGCAAGCCCAGAUGGGGUUUAAAGGCUGUUGUUUUAGGGACCCAAAAAACUAGUGAGUGGGGUGGGGUGAAGUGUUUUUUACAUGAAAUAGUUCUUGCUGACACUACUACUUGGUCCUUGAAUUAGUCAAUCAGAAUCUAUCUAUCUUAUGCUGUUUAGUUUCUUCAUCAUCAACUCAACUGUGUUUAUGUUUUCUCUAAUCCAAUUUUUGCAAAGAAACUUACUUCAAGACUUGUAUGUGUGCAUUUGUGUUUAUAUAUGAAUUCUAUGAUCUGUUGAUGUUUUACUCAAUUGUGUGUCUAUAUAUCUAUCUAUAUAUAUAUAUAUUAUAUUUGACAAAAAUAUUUUCAUGGGAAUUAAAUCUAACUUGCUUAGGUGAAUGGUCACACACACACACAUAUUUUGUGAUAUCCUUAUAAAUAAUCAAAACUCUUUUUUACUUAUAUUUUUCAAACGUAUUUUUUGUAUAUUAUUAACAAAUAGUUUUUCUCUAAAUAUAUAUAUAUUAUGGCAAAAUUAUUAUCUAUUCGAAAAAUCA